ACUUCAUCCUCCGCCUCAUUUUGCCCACUCAAACUCAAAGAGAUGAGAACAUAGUAGCAAGCAACAAUGUCUGUAACAAAGUGUCCUAGUGUCCUCGUGCUGUUAUUUCAUUUUUUUGCAUAACCAGCUCUGUGUGUGUGGUGUGUAUUUAGUAUGCACUAUUACACUGCUGCCCUCCUACAUCUCUGUGUACGAGAUCUAGUGAGACAAACUGGUCAGUCACAACAGAAGAAAGACAUCAACUACUUGCAUCAUAUGGCUACUCUCCAUCACUAGAAACACACAAAUGAUUAACAAACCAUCACAUCGUCUGUGGACAACAGAUUAAACAUACCUAUUGGAAGAAAAAGAAAGGACACUGAGGAGAAGAAGUGCCUUUGAGGCAACUGCUGUUGUUAUUCAGAGCUGUAUAAAUAAAAUUUCAUUGAACUGAACUGAAUUGAAGGGACCCAUACAAACAGCUUAAAAUCCCUUGAAAUGACUGGAAUAUAGUGGAGAAGAAAAGAAAAAAAAAACUGAACCAGGGUAUUUCAAAGAAAAGAUCCAUUUCGGGUAUUUUGUUUUAAGUUUCAUAAGCAACAAUGGCAUCAACAGGUCUUCAGCUGAUGGGCUUGGUGCUGGCUCUGCUGGGUUGGGUUUGCGGGGCGCUGGUGUGUGCUGCUCCUCUGUGGCGCGUAUCUGCAUUCGUUGGUGGAGAGCUAGUCAUUGCCCAGGUGUUGUGGGAAGGACUGUGGAUGAACUGUCUGUCUCAAACUACAGGACAGAUCCAGUGCAAGACCUAUGACUCCACCCUGGCACUGCCUAUGUUUACCCAAGCGGCCCGGAGCCUCACAGUUCUGUCUUUACUUCUCUGUCUUCUGGCCAUCAUCCUCGGGGUGUCAGGAGCCAAGUGUACUCACUGCAUGGGAGACAAUAACCAGGACACCAAGGCAAGACUGGGAAGGAUAGCAGGGGUACUCUUCAUUGUGGCGGGCCUUGCCUACUUAAUACCCAUCUGUGGGACUGCCUAUGCAAUCAUCAGGGACUUCUAUGAUCCAAAUAUUGCUGCGCCUUUGAAAAGAGAACUGGGGCCGGCAUUGUACCUGGGUUGGGGGGCCAGCAUAAUGCUCCUGGUGGGGGGAUCUCUGCUGCACGUCGGCUCUCCUCCACCAGGAGCAAGAGCUAUGCCCAUUGUCGGAAGACCAGCAAAAGACAGCCAACAAACAGUAGCAACAGGAGAGGUGAAGCAACAGGAGAAAUCUUUUGUAUGAAGAUACAGAGGUCACAACUUCAUCAUUUAAGUUUCUGGAAACUGCAAGGUCAUUAUCUACAAGAGGAUAUUCAGAACCUAAUAGGUUUCAUAGUAUUAUAAAGUUAAGUUUGUUUUGUUGAAUUGUGUUUAUUUAAUAAGGUGGUAUAAUAAGGUGGCAGGUGGUAUGGGUGCAGUGGUUAAUGCUAUUGUCUCAUGGCAGGAAAGGUCCAGUUAAAAACAAGGGGCACAGUGUCUAAAGACAUGUUAGGUUACCCUAACCCUUUAAAGCCAAGUGUAUUGUAUUUGAUACAUGUGUUUUUGUGAGUUUUUGAGACUUCUACAUCAUCAGCAUGAUUUUUUUUUUACCUUAAAAAAUGAUAUAAAUUGCAUGACAAAUUUUUAAUGACUAAAUUGCAAAAU